AUGGCACAGGCUGGUAUGAUACAGGCUGGCAUGGCACAGGCUGGUAUGAUACAGGCUGGCAUGGCACAGGCUGGUAUGAUACAGGCUGGCAUGGCACAGGCUGGUAUGAUACAGGCUGGCAUGGCACAGGCUGGCAUGGCACAGGCUGGUAUGAUACAGGCUGGCAUGGCACAGGCUGGUAUGAUACAGGCUGGCAUGGCACAGGCUGGUAUGAUACAGGCUGGCAUGGCACAGGCUGGUAUGAUACAGGCUGGCAUGGCACAGGCUGGUAUGAUACAGGCUGGCAUGGCACAGGCUGGUAUGAUACAGGCUGGCAUGGCACAGGCUGGUAUGAUACAGGCUGGCAUGGCACAGGCUGGUAUGAUACAGGCUGGCAUGGCACAGGCUGGUAUGAUACAGGCUGGCAUGGCACAGGCUGGUAUGAUACAGGCUGGCAUGGCACAGGCUGGUAUGAUACAGGCUGGCAUGGCACAGGCUGGUAUGAUACAGGCUGGCAUGGCACAGGCUGGUAUGAUACAGGCUGGCAUGGCACAGGCUGGUAUGAUACAGGCUGGCAUGGCACAGGCUGGUAUGAUACAGGCUGGCAUGGCACAGGCUGGUAUGAUACAGGCUGGCAUGGCACAGGCUGGUAUGAUACAGGCUGGCAUGGCACAGGCUGGUAUGAUACAGGCUGGCAUGGCACAGGCUGGUAUGAUACAGGCUGGGUAUGAUACAGGAUGGCACAGGCUGGUAUGA